GAUCAUAAUUUCUCAAUCAAAACUCUCUCUCUAUCUCUAAAAGGUUUUGCUCUUUUUAACUUUGUUUUUAUUAUUUAUAUAAUCUUUGCCUAUGAAUGGGUUCGUCUUCGUCGUCGCUUAAUAAUUCUCCGAUUAGAGUUGAUAGUAUGGUAACUCCAGAAUCUCCGAUGACUGUGAACGAUAACAAAAGCGACAACGUUUCGAUCAUGUCUCCUUCCAAGAAAAAUUUCGAAUCGCCAAGGAAGAGUACUUCGAUUCCGGCGGUUUCUCCGACGACGGCGAAUAAUAAUCUCACUCCGGUCAAAUCUCGGUGGUCUUUUUCUUCAUCCAAGAAAAGUUUCGGAAGCAAAGAUGAAACCUUUUUCGAUUCGCAGCCAUGGCUACAAUCUGAUUCCGACGAUGAUUUCCACAGCGUAAAUGGAGAUUUCACUCCAUCACUUGGAAACACUCCUAAGAGCAGUUUCUCAGAUAGGCCACCACGUUUCCACAACCUUAUAUUCCACGAGAGGAAGUCGUCCCGAGGCUCGUCCUCUCCAGCGCCACUUCCAAGGAGGAAGAAGCUUGGUGAGCUAUUCAGAGACAGUAUAAGAGAAGAACGAGAAGAAAGCUCUGAAGGCGGUUCAUCGUCAGCUAUAAGCACUCCUUAUCUCUCAGGUACUAACUCAGGCGAAUUCAACGACACCGCCAUCGAGAAGGAAGAGAAGAAGAAGUCUAAUUGGCAGCAUCAUCGUUGUCUUCCUGGAUUCUCUUCAUGUGGUGGAAGUUUCAUGGAGAGGAGGAAGAAGAUGAGCUCCGAAACUCCUGUUGUUGCUGUGAAAUGAGAUGUAGAGAAUCUUGAAACUUGGAAACGUUUUGUAUAUGAAAGAAUGAUAAAGAAGAGAGGGAGAGAGAUACAGAGCUCUCAGAGUAAAAAGCUCUGGUAAAUUUUACAGAGUACUCUUCUUGCUAUGAUGAGAAGAGAAUCAAUCAAAUAGGUGAAGAGAUAAUGUAAAAAGGAAGAAAAUGAGGUGCUUUGU